AGCGCCGGCGUUAAGACACGCUCCUGGCAGCGUGGGGCAGGACAGCGUGCACGUGCGGGGGUGAAAGGAGUGACAGUGAAAGUGUUGACUGAAUGUUAAAUGAGUUAUGAAAUGCGAGGCAGCACAGAGGCGUGAGGUGGCGGCCGUGACGCCUCACUGAGAAACGUAAACACUUUCUGAGUUCCACGGCUGCUCGACUUGAAAACAAAAGAAAGAAAAAAAUAUACAUAAAUAACCUCUUCUUUCACCAACACAAUCAGUCAAGAAACGAUCCUUGCGGUGAGACAAGACAGACAAAGCCUGAGGGCGUGCUGGGUCCCAGCGCGUGGCCGUCACGCUCUCACGCCCCGCUUGCCUCCACCUGGCGCGGCCCGUCGAUCACAACCCGUAGGCGGCGAGGUUGAACUUGACGCUGAGAGCUUCCCUUGUCACUCUUAUCACGAGAACUCUCACCUUUUACCUGCGACAGACAAGAUCUGACCUGCAAGGGCGUGGUCUGACCUGGAUCUCAGGCGAGGCUGGAAAACCUACUUACUUACACGCCUACUCUUGCGUCCACACCUGAAGUGGGUGUGGCUUAUUAAGCAAAACUGAGGCCCACCCGAUUUGUGGUCACCUAGCGGCUCCCGUGUGUCUAGCAGCAUAUAAAGUAAUGAGUCUGUGAGAGUGCAUUUCUAACUGAGCAAUUUGCACGCCGUAGUGAAGGGCGAAGUGAUCUCUCAUCGCUGCCUGAACUAACUCCCGCCAGGAGCUCUCUUGCCACUCCUUUUGCCCAUCCUCCUCACGCCUUGAUAACACACCCUCCCAUCCACCUACCGUACCACGCCCCCGCCACACACAUACACAGGGGACACUGAGGCGGACAGGGUGUGCAGGCAGUGAGGGAGGGAGGCGGUGAUCGGUGAGCGGACGCCACCGCCCCGGCAUGGGAUGGAGGCGAUCAACUCGACCGUGUGCAAUGCGGUCCGCAGCCACCUCAGCGCGUGUGAAGCGACGGACAUGGGCGGGGCGGGGGCGUGGGCUGCCCUGGUGGUGGCGGUGUGCGUGAUGUGCAGCGAGGGUGAGGGCGGUGUUGCCCCGAGCACUGCAGAAUUGUACGAGAACGAGCUCGGCUCCAACGACUACCUCAAGGUGGGGCGGUCCCUCAACCUGCUGCCUCGCUUCGGUUUCCUGUCACUCUCCAUCAAGGUGUUUCCCGAGAAGGACAGCAACUACUGGCUGUUCCGGGAGAGGACCGUUGAGGUGUUCCGCAAGAAUUCAUACUGGGCGGUCAAGAAUCACGGCCAGCCCUCCUCCUCCACGCAGAGCCCGCGCCGACCCUACGAUCCGCACUUCGUCGUUGACUUCUGCGACAACGUACAAGACCUGCUCACAGCUUACUUUGACAACUUCUACAUCGAAGGCGUCCCGGAACCCCACCGUAUCUUUACAAGCUCCAUAUCGGUCCAAGCCACCGCGAAGCACCUGGGCAUCCAUCCCACCUACCUGAGGUCCAUGUACUCCUUCGUGCUGGUCCGCCUGCUCCGCCGCAACAGCCGCGCCACGCUGGACGGUCAGCUGGCACUCACAAGCAGCUUCAAGAGUGCCACCAGCCGCAUCCGUGUUGGCUCGACGGAGUCUGUCAAUCAGUUCCUAGACCAGUACGGCACCCACGUCAUCACCGAGUAUGAGGUGGGCGACGUGCUCUACCAAGUGUAUGUGUUUGGCAACAGAACCUACUGGGACUUCAAGAACAACUUUGCCAUGAGUACCACCGAGGAUGACUUGAUACGAAUGGAGCGAUACUUCUCGCCUUCACACGCCCUGUAUGUGGGCAACGUCAAGCUGGCUUCAGGCAACCCCCACUUUGAGGAGGCCGUGCAGCACAGACUUCUGGAGGUAACACACUUCCGCUUAUACAACAGCAUCUUCCAAAUUUUCAAGAUCCCAGACCUAGAGGAGAGACUGGAGCAGCUGGAUGGACAGGUGGUCAUUGGCCUCAAGCUAGAGAAGAUCACCAAAAUUGUUCCCAAGUCCCCAGAGCGUCACUGGCUUGGAGAGAUUCUCGACAACACUCUCUCACUCUUCUAUGUGACAAUGUGAAAGUGAGGGAAAGGUGUACAUGUGAAGAACAACAACUCAAGACUAUUAAAUUAUGAGAAUGUCGAGUAUAUGAAGAGAUGAAGCCAAGACAUCCUGGAGCAGAUGAACAAUAGAUAGAAAAAUAUAAAUUCCCAAAUCACCAAAAACCUCAAUUAAUGCAACUUAAACCUAUGCAUACAGUAUGGACAAAGUACAGAAGUGAUAAUUACAUGAUAGUAUUUGCUGUCAUGGUUAAACAUAAGUUGCAUAAUAAUGAACAUCAACCAGGACUGUACCUGUCAGUGGGUGUCAGUUCAUCUGUGUUGUGUUAGGUGGCUAGUGAUACACUAAAGUGCCUUCCUUCCUCCAGCUUUCCAAGUGAAGUGAUGGAGAGUGUGUGGUGUGAGGUUGUCUGGUGAACACACACUGGAGGGUGUCACAAUAUGCAAUGUGUGGCUGCUUAAAUGUUUCCUUUCAAGGCCAAGACACAUUUUUAGCAUUUAAAGUUCCUAUUGCUCUGUUUUCUGAGUGACAGGUUUAUUUCUGUACCUAUCAUGCCCUAGGCUUUGUUGUUAAACUAAGCAGUGUUGUUCACAAUGUUCUUUGUGUGGGAAGCUUUCAUAUAUAUAGUACAAGUUUAACAUAUUACA